GACAUUCAGAUUAUGGUGCUAACUCUGGCACAAAUAACAACAGUGUGGUAAUGUCAGAGGUAUGUGAGGGGAGAGGCGGGGCAUUACUCCAGUGUCUGGUAGUAGUGAUCCCUGCUCUCUCCUCUCAGUCAUUUUCAUCCCCUCACACAAUGGACAGGCGUUCAACCACUCCCUGCCUCAAACUGGUUGCCGAAGAUUUCGGGGCACACCUGCAGGUGGUGGGCCGAGCGCCCCACUACCAGUUUACUGGCCCCAUGGUCGACAUCACCAACAUCAUUGCCCAACACCUCGGCUUCUGCUAUGAGUUUGUGACGCCCUCAGAUCGGGGGUUCGGAGGGCAGCUGACCAAUGGGUCCUGGAAUGGUGUGAUAGGAAUGUUGAAUAGAUCCGAGGUGGCCAUGUCUGGUGUGAUAUUAUCAGUGAGUCAGCAGAGGUCACAAGCUGUGGAGUUCAGUGAGCCGCUCUACCUGGACGAGACGACCAUUUGCUACAAGCUUCCUGCGCUUGCUCCGGACCUAGCUGGCUUCAUCAAACCCUUCACUUACAAGUUGUGGCUGCUAGUGUUGCUCACCUGCUUGGUGGUCUCCAGCGCCACGCACCUCAUCCUUCACACCUAUUCUUCUCCACCCCCUUAUUCCAGUUCCCACAGGCGACAGCACCCGUCAUGGCGGCAGGUGUCAGGAUGGUCCUGCAGUCUGGACAAGGCCUCCCUCUGGACCUUGUCUGUCCUUAUGUCCCAGUCUGUACCGUGGAAGCCCGCAGAGGAUGGAGUGCGAGUGAUCACUGGUGUGUGGCUGGUGGCAGCGCUGAUUGUUGGCACAGUGUACCGCUCCAACUUACAGGCCAUGCUCACUAUUCCCAAGCUGGCCCUCCCCUUCACCAACUUGGAGGAGCUGGUCCACUCCAACAUCCCUACUGCCGUCAGCGACUCUAGCAUGCUGCACUUUGCACUUUUGAAUGCGGAGAGGAACAGCAGCCUGGGUCGCCUGAGUAAACAGAUGGUUGUGUACCCAUUGACCAGACAGUGGCAGGCCAUCGUUCACACAGAGCAGGGCCUGAUCGCCGGCGCCGGCUCCAGGAUUGGCCUAAAUUCACUCAUGACUCAGAGCUUCUCAAAGGUGAGUAGAGUGAAUGUGCAAACAAAUAAUGCUUACAUUAUUCAUACAGUACAUCAGUUCAAGUAA